AAGCGGAAACUAGUCCUGUUGGGCCCCACCUGGUAGAAACUCCUCCCAACCUGGUUGAACCCGAUCAACGGAUCAAGUAGCAGCGACUUAUUUCAGUUCGCAUUCGCAACGCUUCGUCCUCAUCUCGCCCCCACCCAACAAACCCGACGCCAACCGGAGCAAUUAUGGCUACGCCUCCGCCGCAACGCCGUCGCCGCGGGCCGCCGGUGCGGCUCCACGACGACCUCAUCGCCGAGAUCCUCAUCCGCAUCCCGCCGGACGACCCCGCGCUCUUCUUGCGCUCCUCGGCCACCUGCAAGGCCUUGCGCGGCCUCCUCACCGACCCCGCCUUCCUCCGCCGCUACCGCGCGCUCCACGGGACGCCCCCCCUGCUCGGAUUCGUCUUCAACGACAGCGCCAUCAACGACGACGACCCCGACUUCGCGCGAUUCGUCCCUACCUCCUCCUUCCGCCCGCGCACUCCCGACCACGAGGAUCUGUACGCGCUCGACUCUCGCCACGGCCACGUCCUCUUCCACACCCUCCUCUCCUAUUCGCGUGACGGGGCUCUCAUCGUGUGGAACCCCAUCACGGACGAGCAGCGGGAGCUACCCUUCCCGGAGUUCGAGUUCACAUACUGGAGCGCGGCAGUGCUCUGCGCCGCGCGCGGCUGCGACCACCUCGACUGCAACGGCGGCCCCUUCCUCGUGGCCUUCGUCGGCUCCACCUAUGAAGGGAUCAUGUGCGCCAGCACUUACUCGUCGGAGACCGCCGCCUGGAGCGACACGAUCAACGUUGAGGACUCCGAUGUCUUCGUCGACCUUAUGAAGCCGGCCACCCUUGUGGGGAAUACGCUCUACUUCACCACUAUGUACAGCGAAGAAAGAAUCCUGGAGUUCGACCUGGACCGCCGGCAACUGUCGUCCAUCAACCCACCGGUCGCACGCCUCGACAGCAAUGUCCUCAUGCCGGCGGAGGGCGGCGGCCUGGGCUUCGCCCGUAUGCAUGGUUCCCGUCUCUGCCUGUGGGCGAGGGAGGCUGGCCCCAACGGGACUGUGGCAUGGGCGCUACGCAGAUUCAUCGAGUUCAAUACACUUGGUCGUGCCUCCUUGUCCUUUAGGCCACCUGAUGUUGUUGGCUACGCGGAGGGACUCGAUGCCAUUCUCCUCAGGAGCGGUGCUGGCGUCUUCGCGAUUGAGCUCAGGUCACGCCGUAUCAGGAAGGUGUCUGACUGUGUUAACAUGCAGACUGCUAUUCCCUACAUGAGCUUCUACACUCCAGAUAAUGCUGCGGGCUCAUCUUCGCCGCCAUGAGGACCCCGAGAUUCAUCCAUUGUCAUGCAUGCUGCUGAUUCCUGGCUGAGCUGAUUCUUUAGGUUGUUUGUUUUCAGUUAGGCAGUUCAAGCAAGAAAAGAGUUAGUAAUCAUGCUUUAGGUGCUUCUUCGUUUACAGUUGUGCACUUCUAGUAAGAAAAGAGCGAGUCAUCAUGGUCAAUUAGUUCUCUCUCCUUGCUGAAAUAUUUGAGAUUGUGGUCCGAGAUGUAUGUCAGGUUUACAUUUCAGCUCCUGGGAGCAAAUGCUCAUUUCAUGCUUUGGCAAGGCUACUUGGAACUGAUAGAUUGGUUGUGUCCCUUUUUCUAGAAAAAUGAACCUGUGUGAUUUUGUUUUAGUAUCAUUUCACUUCCAUGUCUGAAUUUUGUUUCAGAAUCUAUUCAGGCAUACAAAUGGAAUUGGGAAU